AUACUUCUGUCAGUUACAAGCGCUUCAUAGAUUUUAGCGUCACUUCUUCACAAAUUUUGUCUUAGUUAUCGGCAAAUAGAAAAUGUUUUAAUCGCCAGUGUUUUUCCUUAAUAUAUUGUUUAAAUGAAUCUCUUAUUCGAAUAGAAACGGUGACUUAAUAUUUUUAAUACAUACCUACUAUGAUUCUGUGGAUAACUCAAUCCUUGAACAAUCAAUAUGGGUGAGUUUAGUUCAUCCGAUUGUUCCUGGAAAAAAAUGGUGAUAGCCAAAACAAACAACAAAUGGAUUUCGACUAUCAAAUCAGACAUUGCAAAUGCUAAGAACCUAUUAAAUACUAAUGAUUUCAGUGUAAGCGACGAACAGAUGUCUCAAAGACUAGUAAAAACUGAACGAGAAGAAACAAUUGAAGAGCCAGAUGGUCAAACAUCUAGUGCAGAACCGGAAUCAAUGUUGCAAGAAGUGGAUCCACUUUCAGUUCCAGAACCACAGAUGCGAAGACGAAGAAAAGGCUCUAUUCCUAAAAACGAGACAGCAGACGAAAGAUCAGCUAGAUUGGCUAAAAUGUCUGCAUACGCUGCCCAGAGACUUGCUAAUGAAUCACCAGAACAGCGUGCCUCGAGGUUAAGACGAAUGUCAGAAUAUGCCGCAAAGAGACUAGCACAGGAAACAAGCGAACAAAGAGCCAGGCGUUUGGCCAGAAUGUCUGCUUAUGCAGCCAAAAGGCUCGCUGAAGAAACUCCAGAGCAAAGACAAGCGAGACUAGCUAGGAUGUCUGCAUAUGCCGCCCGAAGACAGGCCAUGAAGAAAAUAAUGAAUCCCAACAGUAAUAUUGGCAUAGAUCCAACACAUUAUAAUAUAGCUAAUAUUACACAAGACCAAAGUUGAAAUCACAUCUCUAGGAGAAUAAACAAAUUAGAUUAUACAUAAAGAGUUAUUUAAGCUUUUUUUUUUACAGAAUAAUUAAGAAUAUACAUAGGUAUUACAAUUUAUGUUUUUCAUCAUUAAAUUUAGAGCCCUAUACUAAUUUUUUCUUAGUUCUAUUUAUUCAUGCUUUGUUUUAGUUGUGUAUAAAUUAAACU